CAAACAUGUAUGCACUCUUCAAAAGUAAAAAAAAAUAAAUGGGCAGAGACAGGAAUAAAAAUAUAUAAAUAAAUAAAAAAGAGAAAUAAAUAAAUAACUGUUCUCUCCUUCUGUUAAGAGCACUUCUUUAACUUGCCCUCAGACUAUACUAUACUAUGUGUUCUGGUUAAAAUAAUCAACGAAUGGUUGCCAAAUUCUAUAGAACUUUUUUUCCUGACUUUUCAGUAAGAGUCUGAUUUUCUCCAGCUCUAAAUGUCUAAUAAAAUCUGUCAUAAGAUUUGCAUAAGUUGGUGCUGCCUUUGUUUCCAAUUAAGUAAUAUCAAUCUUUGCGCAAGUAGGCUGACAAAUGAAACCAUACUAUGUUCCAUAUUGCUUUUCGUCAUGCUUGAAUCAAUAAUUCCUAGACCCGCCACCAAUGGAUCUACAUUGAUAGGUCUAUAUAAGAUAUUUGAUAGAGUUUGAAAGAUAUUGUCCCAGUAAUUUGAUAACCUCGGACAGCUCCAGAACAUAUGACCCAGAGUUUAUGAUUAAUUUUUUUAGAUGAAAAAAUAUGACAAACCCUAGCAGGCUAAGGGCAGCAUUUAUAUAUAAAGAAAGAAAACAAAUUGAACUAUAUCGUUAUAUGUGAUAUGGUCUAAUUCUAUAUCACAUUAAAAAAUAUAUUGAUAUAUGUUUUAUAUCGAUAUAUCGCCCAGCCCUAAAAUGCACAUGUAGGUGGUUCAAUGGUUCAAACUUAUUUUGACGUUGAGUUGUCCACCGUCAAGAAGAGGGCGAUGAUGCGACAAAACAAGCGCCUCAGGAACCACAGAAGAAGAAGAGUGACCCGGCAGUGGGCGGUGCUUCGGUCCUGUAGAAGAAGAAGCUAGCCGCUAGUCUCUGCUGCAGCAGGUUCUGGUCCUAUUUCUAGCCGAGCAACAUGGUCCAACUAGUGGGUUCCCUCCGGAAAGAACUGGCUGACUCCCUCUCCACCUGUAAGGUGCUGGUGGUGGGAGCGGGAGGGAUCGGCUGCGAGCUCCUGAAGAACCUCGUCCUCACCGGCUUCAAAAACAUCGAAGUGAUUGACUUGGACACAAUUGAUGUAAGCAACCUGAACCGCCAGUUCCUCUUUCAGAAGAAGCAUGUUGGCAAGUCUAAAUCCCAGGUGGCCAAGGAGAGCGCCUUGCAGUUUUGUCCGACUGCAAAUAUCACUGCCUACCAUGACAGCAUCAUGAACCCUGACUACAACGUGGAGUUCUUCAGAAAGUUCAUGCUGGUGAUGAAUGCUCUGGAUAACAGAGCGGCCCGUAACCAUGUGAACAGGAUGUGUUUGGCAGCAGACAUCCCUCUGAUAGAGAGUGGCACUGCUGGAUACCUGGGACAAGUCACAGUCAUCAAGAAGGGAAUGACGGAGUGCUACGAGUGCCAACCUAAACCCACCCAGAAGACCUUCCCAGGAUGCACCAUCAGAAACACACCGUCUGAGCCCAUUCACUGCAUCGUCUGGGCCAAGUACCUCUUCAAUCAGCUAUUUGGAGAAGAGGAUGCAGAUCAAGAGGUGUCACCCGACACAGCGGACCCGGAGGCUGCAUGGAAUCCUGAAGAUACGGCAGCUCGCGCCACAGCCUCAGAAAAGGACGGGGACAUCAAGCGAGUCUCCACCAAGGAAUGGGCCCGCUCCACAGGAUACGAUGCUGUCAAACUCUUCAACAAGCUUUUCAAAGAUGACAUCAUGUACCUGCUGACCAUGGACAAGCUGUGGAAGAAGAGGAAAGCUCCUAUACCUCUGGACUGGCAGCAGCUAAAGAACAGUGCAUGUCCCCAGGAAGAGUCUGUGGGUUCAGGUUUGAAGGACCAGCAGGUCCUUGGUGUUUGGGCCCUCUGCCAGCUGUUCCAGCACAGCGUGGAGACUCUCCGUUUACAGCUGCAGGAGAAGGGGGAAGGAGCUGAGCUUGUGUGGGACAAGGACGAUCCUCCAGCCAUGAACUUUGUUACUGCUGCAGCCAACCUGCGGAUGCACAUCUUUAGCAUGAACAUGAAGAGUCUCUUCGAUGUAAAGUCCAUGGCGGGUAACAUCAUCCCAGCUAUUGCUACAACCAACGCUGUCAUCGCUGGACUCAUCGUGCUGGAGGGGUUGAAGAUCCUCUCUGGAGAAUUGGAGUCCUGUCGCACGAUCUUCCUGAACAAGUGUCCAAACCUCAGGAAGAAGCUGCUGGUCCCAUGUAUCCUGGAUCCUCCCAGCGCCAACUGCUACGUCUGCGCCAGCAAACCUGAAGUCACAGUCAAACUCAACGUCCACAAAACCAUGGUCCUCUCUCUGCAGGACAGGAUCCUGAAGGAGCGGUUCGGCAUGGUGGCUCCAGAUGUUCAGAUAGAGGAUGGAAAAGGGACCAUCCUCAUCUCCUCAGAGGAAGGAGAGACAGAAGCCAACAACAGCAAAUUUCUUGCUGAUUUUGGGAUUCGUAACGGCAGCCGUCUCCAAGUUGAUGACUUCCUCCAAGACUACACACUCCUUGUUAAUGUCCUGCACAUUGAGGAACUAGAGCGGGAUGUGGAGUUUGAAGUUGUAGGUGAGGCUCCAGACAAAGCUCCGCCCCCUCAGGCUAACCAGGAAGAGGUUAACAGUAUCACCAACGGCAAUAAGGACUCCGCCCAGCCAUCCACCUCUUCUAAAGCUCCAGCAGAGGAGGAUGAUGUUAUGAUCGUUGACUCGGAUGAAGAGGAAGGGGCGUCGUCUAGUUCUGCAGCAGCGUCCAGCGGCACUAAGAGAAAGCAUUCAGAUGCCGAAACUGGCGAGACCUCCACCAAGCGCCCACGGACGGACCAAUCAAGUGCAGCAGCUGCCCCCACUGAUGACGACAUCAUUGCUCUGGACUAACCCCUCCUCCCUGGCCUCCUGAAGGACUGAGAACUCUUUGAACGCUUAUCGUUUUGACCCAAGAUUGACAGUAGGUUUAAAUAUAACGCCUCUUUUACUGCCCUGGUUCGUCUUUGGUCACUUCCUGCCCCCCCCCUGUGCUUUCAUACUCCCUCUGCUCUGACAUGUUGCUGUAAAUAGAUUCUACAUUUUAAAAUGUUUUGGAAAAAGAUACAUACAACUUCUUUUGUUAUUGUUAUUCAGUUCUGGUCCCUAUAAAAUGCUUCUCUUGAUGGUUAAAAAAAAAGUGCUUUUUUUGUAUUUUUUAUAAACGUACUGUAUUUUUCAUGCUAUACAAGUCAGGGUGUUUUUGUGCUUUGUGGUCAGGUAACAGAAGUUUUAAAAACCAAAACAUUUUCUUGGGUUGUAAUAUUGAGCGCAGUCAUUAUGAAGGGAAGCUAACAGGCGGUGUCUGCAGCUUGUGGUACUCAAACCCACGUGUCUGUCUGUAGAUGCUGUUGUCUGUGAUCUGAGGCACUGAUGGAGAGUUCGGCCACAUUGUGCCAUGGGGGUUAGUUUGCUACCUCUUUUCUAGAACUAACAUGUCUUGGCUGCAAAUUCAUAACCAUGCCCUCCAUAACACCGCCACAGUGAGGCGACCAGCUCUUAGAGAAUGAAGAAAAAGUCACUCGAUGGCUUCCUUUGAAUCUGCAAUGACUGCACUGUAUCCUCAAGGCUGUGGCUAAGCACAAGCUGCUUAGAUCCAGGCUAGUCGUAGUUUAAUAACAAAGUCAGGCGGCUUGGAUAAAUAAAGGGGAUACGCCGGAUAAAAGCACCAAUUUUUUUCCAUGUGCUCUCCAUCACCAUAAGUUUCAAUUUUUGGUAGGAGCCACUUCAUCAAGAAUGUGGAUCGGAGAUGGCAGCCAUAUUAAAUCUAUGAGAACCAAUAUAUCUUCCAAGCCACUUAGAAGGUCAAUCUUGGUGUCAAAAUAUACAUUUUCUGGGUCAAAGUAUUAUUUAAAGCUAUUGAGAAUAUCACUAGAUGAUUAUUAUAAUGGGUCAUACAGUGCAUGUAUUCACUGGCACACUGGAAUUACAAAGAUCUUUGUGGUUGUAAAUGUAAUAAAUGAUAAGUGAAGCUAAUAAAGUUUAAAUGUAUUCAUGUUAUCAAUUUUUCAGAAUACAUGCACUGUAUAUGAACUAUAUUAAUAUAUGUCAGACCAAUUAGAAACUGAGUUGAAAAUUAAGUUAAUACAUGGCCAAAAUGAACAUAUCUAUUUGAUCAUAUAAUCAUCUAGUGGUCUUUUAAAUAGCUUUAAAUGAUUCCUUGAUUUAAAAAAAAUAAAAAAAUAAAAAAAAAAUAAAGUAUAUUUUGACACUAAAAUUGACCUUCAAAGUGGCUUGGAAGAUAGAUUGGUUCUCAUAGAUUUUAUAUGACUGCCAUCUCUGAUCUGCAAUCUUGAUGAAGUGGCUCCUACCAAAAACUGAAAUCUAUAGUGAUAGAGAGCAUGUGGAAAAAGUGUGGUGCUUUUGUCCGGCAUGUCCCCUUUUCUUCUAAAAUCUGUUCCUAAGCUGCCUGAUUACAUGUUACAGUUGCUUUAGUAUGAUUGAGCAAAGAGGCCACGGUUUAUUAAGACUAUUAAAGACAGAAACGGAGAUGGAGUAGUGGUUUGACCAGAACCAGACAUUCUUUUUCAUAGAGCAGAGGUUAAUCUGAUGGCAGUGGAGUCUUGCACUGAAAUAACAUGAGAACCUCCUGCACAAAGUGGAGCAGUUGGGCUCCUGUUGACUACACCAGUCGAACUCCUGUGUCAGUGUCCAUAUUGCAUAUUUCAUUGUGAUCUGACUUGUUGAAAGGCUAUGAGAGCCCUUUGGACCAAUUUGGUGAAGACAAUAAACUCACAAAUGCAGAGGC